UUCCCCCAUUCAAAAGACUUCGGCUGUGUUUGGACUGGUGAAAUGUGAUUGAAAUAGAUGAAAUGGAAUAUAAUCUCAUUAUCUUUAAAAGAAUAUAGUCACAUUUCUUAUCCCCCCACCCAAUAAAGUUUUUUCUAGUAACCCUCUUAAAGAAUUAGCUUUGUCUUGAGUGUUGCAAUUUGCAAGCACAAUUCGUGACUGGCUACCAGAUGGAAGUAGUGUGCCAUUCUAAGCGAUAGUUCGGUGCAUAUCAAUUUACAUAUGUCAAUAGACAUCAUUCUGAAUAACAUCUAUAUAUUAAAACUGCCACGCAUCAUGUAAUGAUGCUUAUUUUAUUGUUUGCUUAGUAUUAUUUUUUUCUAGCACCCCUCUAAACUAAAAAAGUCAUAUAAAGUAAAGAAAUGGGGAAAGUGAAAACGUGUAAGAUAUACAAAGCCUCAUUAACGUAGAGAUGCCACGUCUUGUGUACUCAUACCUUGUACUUGUAGUGUGGUGCAAAUCACAAACCACUACGUGUCCAAAAGCUAACACUAGUACAUUGCCGAAGGAAGCUUUAAAUAAUGGUAAUGGCUCCUCAGUUUCCAAUUUUAAAUGUGCUCAUGCGGUAUGGAUAAACACAUAUUGCUAGUGUUGUUGGUUUUGUUAAGCUUCUCAAUGAUGAAUACCAAUGGAAUUGGAGAUGAUAAUGAAGCUGAGCAGGGGAAGAAAGAAUCAUUCUGGCAGUGGCACAAACUGAGAAGCGCUUAUUCUAUCUAUUCAUCAGCAUUUUCUCCUUUUAGUGUUGGCCAGUACUGGGGUGUGCUUAAGGCGCUUGUUGCUCAAGCAUAUGCGCGCGUCUUUCCUCCCAAUAUAGAUUUCAGGAGAGGAGAAGAACCCGAAGCCAUGGCAAAUAAUGGAGCAGGGGAGAAGGUGAAAGAAGCCUUAGCUAAAAGCCUAGGAACGAGUAAAGCUACCUUGGAGGAUACAGCAAAAUCAGCAGCAGACAUAGCAGGGGAUACCAUGCAGAAGGCAAAAGAGAAACUCAAGAGAAGCUCCUCGGAGGUGGGGGAAGGAAAACGUCCAAACGAGCUCUAAUUUUGUCUAACAUAUGAACAAUUGAACAUCUCCAUAGAAAAGUGUUUUUUUUGUAAUUUCAUUUCUGUCAAGUACUCUUUGUUUAAUGUUAUGUUAAAUGUAUAUGUAAAAGGGUUAAUUGUUUUCAAUAUAAUAAGAAGCUGACUUAUGCAUUGUAAAAAGUUGCAGCUGAUUGGUACUGAUGGUUCGGGUUCAAGUUCUUUAGCUCUAGUUCUCGUGGCAGAUACACAAUUGUAGAAGAGUAAAUUCUGUGGAGUUUCAUUUCGGCAUUUCCCCUGAAUUGCUAUAUCAUAAUAGCUAAUGGAGUAUUGGAGUAAUGGCAAAGAAAUUUACAAAUGAUAGAGAUGCUAGAAAUAUGUAAUAAUGAAAUACACACUGUACAAAUAUCAAAUACAUAGUAAUAAAUGUAUGUUGGAUUUGGAAGACUAUUAGUUAGUUAGAGGGAAUGUGAUGACAUUUGUUUUUACUUGUGACAUCAUUGUAUCAUUACAAGAAAACUCAUUGUUAAUGAUGGUCUAACGCCAUCUUUAACAAUCAAAAUUCGUCACUAAUGACACA